AUGGGGCUGAGCGUCGUGCUACUCUCUGCGGGAGGGUUCAUGGGGCUCGUGGCGUUUGCCAAGCGCAAGAGAGACGAAGCUCUGGCGGCCGAAAGAAUGGAAGCACUCCAGGCCUUCAGGGAGGAUCGCUUGAAGAAGGUGAAAGAGCUCUUUGUGUCUCAGCAAUACGACCUCGAAAAGCUUCGGUCCGCCCUUUCCGCGUCAUCAGAGGUCGCCACCGUUGCGGAGUGCAAGGCGCUUCCGCCGCCCAAGCACAAAGCUCGGUUCUACGGAGCAGAAGUCACCGAUAGCAAGUACGCACACUGGAUCGAUCGUGUAUGGAACAAGGAUGUCAUUGCCUUUCCCCAGAUCAUCGUGCGCGUUUCGACGCCCUCAGACGUCGCUGCUUGUUUCCACUUCGCCCAGGCAAACUCCCUGAAGAUCAGUGUAGCUUCAGGCUGUCACUCAUCCAAUGCAUUCGUUGAUGGCGCUCUUACUAUCGACACUUGGUACCCUUCUCCCCUUUUUUUUGGUUCAUGGUUUCCGAAUGGAGCAGCCAGCCUCAAAAAAGGGGUGCCCUGA